AAGAGGGGAGCGAGUGGGCUUGCUUUGGCUUGCGGCCUACAACUUCCGGCAGGCACUUCCUGGCAGCUUGAGAAACCCGGAAGGGAGUCCCUCCCCGUGAGAGGAAGAAGCCCAGCAGUUUGGAGUGAGAAGCGCGCCUCGUGGUUGAGUGAUUUGUGGUUAAGCUCACUGAGACACAAAUUUGGAAGAUUCUGAAAAGAAAAUGGGAGAUGCUAUUGAGACUAAUGUGAAAAUACCUUUUGGAAGCAAACUUCUAGAUGCUGUUCUUUCUGUUCCUGAGAAGAUACUCCCUUAUGCUGUGGUUCUCACUCAUGGAGCAUCUGGUGAUAUGAAUUACUGUCACCUCGUAUCUUUAGCCAAGUACCUUGCAUCUCAUGGAUUUCUGUGCCUACGAUUCACAUGCAAAAGUCUUAACAUCAUCUACAGAACUAAAGCAUAUAAGGCAGUUGUGGAAUAUUUGAGAUCAUCAGAUGCCUACAAGCUCUCUGGCAUUUUUGUUGGAGGCCGUUCGAUGGGUUCACGAGCUGCUACGUCUGUGACACGUCAAGCUGACCAAGACAAUGACAGCUUCAUCCAUGGCCUGAUAUGUUUGUCGUACCCUCUUCAUAGACCAAAGCUUCAGGCAAAAUGUCGGGAUGAAGAUUUGUUGUUCAUUAAGUCCCCUGUCCUGUUUGUAUCUGGAACUGCAGAUGAAAUGUGUAAUCAACGCCUCUUGGAAGAUAUUGCGGUCAAAAUGAAAGCACCUAAGAAAAUCCACUGGAUUGAAAAGGCAAACCACAGCAUGGCAGUGAGAGGACGUACUAUGGAUGAUGUCCUGUUGGAAGUAAACAUGCAGGUUUUGUCUUGGAUCAGAGAAAUCAUUGGAUAAGAACUCUUACUUGCUAAUAUGCAGAUUUCACUUCAUGUGAGUGGUUGAUAACACCUUUUAUAGGGAUAAAAUGUUUCCAUCAACACAAAAGUAAUGCCUCACUCAAAAAAACAAAACCCCAAACAAAACGAAAAACACACCACUCCAAUCCUGGGCAUCUUCUGUAAUUCCAUUGUAGAAUGUUUUGUCCUAUCCGUAUAUUGAAAGAAAUAAACUUUGAUUUUAGCAA